CACCAGAAGUACAUAAAGCGCUACUUCCAGAAAGCUUCGGCGGAUACCGCGCAUAAAGUUUACAAGCCCAACUACAGCGACCGCAGUACAGUGAAGAAAAAUUGAAAGAAGCGGUUUUACGAAGUUUACGAAGUUACGGGGGGUCUGAUUCCACCGUCCUGUUUAGCUCAUCUCAGGAAAAGUGUAAUGGCUACCUUCCACAUCCUUGCGCAGCUUGUUUUCAUUGGGACAUGCGCGAGCUUUUACGGUGCAUUUGUGAAUGCAAAAGUCUCUUGCAAGAACGCCAAAGGAAAAGAUGUUGACUGGUUUGUUGUCUACAAGAUACCAAAAACAAAGCAUAAUGCUGAAAGCUUUAAGCAACCCAAUGGUGGAGAAAUGGCGUACUAUGACAGCGAAUCGAGAAGUUCAAGGUGGACCUUGUUGCCGAGGGAUAUUGGCCACAAAUCAGACAACCCAAUCGCAAAUACCCUGGCACCCAUGUAUAAAAAGUCAUCAAAAGUUGCAUACUUGGCUUACAAUGAUCAGCUGCCACACAACUUUAACGGCACAAGACAAGGACACACAAAGGGCGUGCUCUUGGCAGGUCAAAAAAUGGACAUGGGCGCAGUGUGGCUUCAGCAUAGCGUUCCAAGGUUCGUGGAUGACGUGAACAUGGGUUAUGCGUAUCCUACCAACGGUCGAGAGAACGGCCAGCUGUUCCUGUGCAUCACGUUUCCUCUGGCAACGGUGGAAAAAAUAUCAUACCACCUUCAAGUCCAGGGUGCCAACGUGUACCAGACACGCUACCUGCCGUGGACGAACGCAUUUCCGAUAUUUGCUGGGUUACUGAAGAGGAAUUACAUGAGGAAGUUAAAGGGCCUACAAGUCGACAUUCUUCUAACCCGAAAGAACAGACCCGUUUUGGCCAUUGCGAAGUCGCCGAAAUGGAACAAAGACAUCUAUACGCAAGAGCUCAGUGACAAAGUCGGCGACAGCAUUACCGUUCAGUCUUGGAAAAAUGGCGCCGGUGGCGCCCAGGACAUGUACUGCGCGCACAAGCGCAGUGUCACUGAUGUACAAGUCGUCAAAGUGCAAACCCAGUUCGGAGCCCUAGUAUUUUCAAGCCGCGAGGACCACAGCAAGUGGUCAGUCACAUCGACUAAGGCCGUUUUCUGCUUUUCCAGCCUUAACCGCAUGGUCUCCCAGUGGAAGCGAGGAGGCGAAAUCACGUGUAUUGCAGAUACACCCUUGGCUGAGCUCUUCAGAAAUAGUAUCUACAAACGAAGCUCUUGCAAAAGAGAACGCUAAGAGUAGAGAAAGGAAUUCCUGCUACAGAUCAUUUGACAGUAUUAACAGGGAAUGAAGAUAUUAUACGAAUACUCUCGUAAUAAUUAUAAAUGACAGACUGGCACAACAGCGACGGAUAGAAUGCCCAAUAAGAGCAUCGCAUAUCUUGGAAUCAGCUUAUCACAA